AUGGUAUCACCGAAAACCGAGCCUCUCUACUCCACUGCAUUCCUGCACACCAGGGUUGGGAUUGGAUUGGAGAUCACAGAUCCUGGGCAGGUCUUGUACAAAGAAACCAAAAUCAGCGCAGUGGUGGAACAUGAAGUAACCCUGAAAUGUGGACUCACCCUCCCUGACAUCUACAUCUGGAGCUUCACCAAACCAGGCACAGAAAUGAUCCGUGCUGUGGUGUAUAACUUUGGGAAGGGUCCAAAGCUGCAGCUGCUUGCUCAGGAUUUAAAUUUCAUCACAAACAGCUCGUCUUUGUUUACGACUAAACUUCUGGUAGAUGCAGAGGGUUUGUACACCUGCCAGGCCUUGUACGACUCCGCUGAUGGAGCCAAACUCUACUACUACUAUGUGCAUCUACGGGUUCUAGUGCCCAUGUCCAAACCCAGUAUAGUCCUGAGUGACUCCUCAGCAGUUGAAGGCUCAGUAUAUUUAAUGCAGUGUGGUCUACAGAAUGGAACAGAGCCUAUACAAUACACCUGGGAGCAGGUGACCCAGAGUGGACAGGUCACCCUAUUCUCUGAGAACAACAGCAGUCUGAACACCAUCAACCCGCUGACCCGCAACCACACAGGCUGGUACAGGUGCCUGGCCAGGAACGAGGUCAACCAGCAGAUCAGUGACCGUAUCUGGCUAGACGUCAUGUAUGGUCCAGAUUUACCUCAGAUUGAUGUCACAGCGUACUCAGUAACGGAUAGAGGAUACGCAGCCCUGAAAAAUGGAACCAUUUCACUAAUGUGUCAGGCCUCCUCUAAACCACCAAGUCAGUAUGUCUGGUUCUACAACAACUCAGAGAUCUCUAAUGGACCACAGCUGAACAUCAGCAGGAUCCUACGAGGACAUGCAGGCAACUACACCUGCCUGGCAAAAAACACGUUUCUUAAUACCAGCGCACAGAAAACCAUCAAUCUUACUGUUUAUUAUCCACCAGACAGCGUUCCAUUCUGUUCCAUCUUCCAAGCUAAUAACUACACUGAUCUGGCUCUGUUCUGUUCCUGGGAUGGAGGUAAUCCACCACCUACACUGAGUUGGAGUCCGAAUGCCAGCGAAGACAACACACGCGGGAUGGCUAACGUUACUCGGAUUCAGCCAGGCCCGGAUACUGCUAACAACUCUGUAUUUAUUUGCCACGGAUCACAUGUGGCAUUAAACGUGACCCAGAGCUGUAGUGCCAGGACAUGGUUGCCUGAUGGGGAACCAAAGUGCUCGGCCAAUUCCAGCCUGAAUAACGAGUAUCUGAUGCUGUCCUGCUCGUGGGAGGGAGGUUUUCCUCAGGCUCUGCUCUGGUGGGCAUCCAGUACAGGAGAUAUACAGGGUACACCUGAGGAGAGCUCCAGCCUCCUGGUCCUGCGAUCUAGUGUGGCAUACUAUGGCAAAUCCUUCGUGUGUCAUGCUAAACAUCCACUGACUAAAGAAAGCAAGAAAUGUGUGGUAAAACUGGAGAAACCAGUUUUGAUAACUCAGCAGAGUUUGGUAUCUGUCUUCGAGGGCAAUGAUGCCCAACUUACGUGCACAUUAAGCAAAACAUACCCUCCUGCCAGAAACAUUACCUGGUCCAACAACUUUAAGCAGAAUGCAGAAGAAAAACCCAAAAAGUACAUCGUUCAGCAAGCUGCGGGCUGGUCCAGCCUGACCGUACUAGAAACGGACAGCAUGGUGGACAGUGGACAGUACUGGUGUUCAGCCAGCAAUGCUAUGGGAAGAGCAGAGAUCUCAGUCUUACUGCUGGUCAUGAGGUACCCGAUGCCUCCAAACGUGACCAUCAGUAAGCUCAUAUACACCGGGAGACAGAGGACAGAUGUUAACCUGGAAUGGCAGAUGCAGGCAGUUGGUGACCAGACUGGGUUCAUUAUUGAGCGUCAGAUCCUUCCUGACCCAGUAUUAAGGAAUGACCCUGCACCCAUCUGGCAGAAAGUGGGGGCAAAUUUGGAGCCCAGCACCCACAGCUACCAAAUUACCAAUCUGGAUCCGAACAGGAUGUAUGUCUUCCGUGUGACAGCUCUCAACCGGCGUACUGUUGGAAAUCCUUCAGACAAUAAAAGCCCAGUGUGUGCGCCAGUGUCCAAACCCUACAUCCGGCUGAGUGACCCUUCACCCGCAGAGGGCACAUCGGUGUGGAUGGGCUGUGGUAUAACAGACGGCACAGAUCCUAUUCAUUACACGUGGGAGCAGGAGAGUGGCAGUGGGUUGGUCACCAUACUGGCUGAAAGUGACAACAGUCUGAUCAACAUCACCUCGGUGACCCGUAACCACACGGGCUGGUACAGGUGCCUGGCCAAGAAUGAGGUCAGCCAGCAACGUAGUGACCGCAUAUGGUUAGAUGUCAUAUACGGUCCUGACUCGCCUAGGAUCGAAGUAACACCUCAUCUAGUAACAGAUGAAGGAUACUCAGCUCUGGAGAAGGAGACUGUUACUCUCCAGUGCCAAGCCCCAUCAAACCCUUCCAGUCAGUACAUCUGGUUCUAUAAUAAUUCCCAGAUCUACACUGGACCACAGCUCACCCUGACCAGGAUUCUACGUAAGGACUUGGGCAUCUACGCCUGUCUGGCACAGAACACAAACCUUAACACUCGAUCCAAGAAUAGCAUCACGCUUACCGUUUACUAUGCACCAGAUGGAAGUCCUUCUUGUUCAAUACUUCCAGUGAACAACUACACUGACCUGGAAUUGUCAUGUAUCUGGGUGGGCGGAUACCCGUCAGCUACUCUAAACUGGAGUCCAAAUGUUAAAGGAAACAUCUCACAAGGAAUCAGGCUACCGCACGGAGAACCCCAGUGUUUGGCGUAUGCGACCCGUAACGAGUACCUGAUGCUGUCCUGUUCCUGGGAGGGGGGUUCACCACGGGCUUUGCUCUGGUGGGCCUCCGGUUCAGGGAACAUACAAGGUACGUCUGAGGAGAACUCCAACAUCCUGGUCCUGCGCUCCAGUGUCACCUACAGUGGCAAAGCGUUUGUGUGCCAUGCCAAACAUCCGCUGGCUAAAGAGACCAAGCAGUGCGUGUUGAGACUGGAGGCGCCCGUGUUGAUGACUCAGCGCAGUGUGGUUUCAGUCUACGAGGGAAACGACGUCCAGCUCACCUGCAUCCUGAGCAAGAAUUACCCGGCGGUGACAGAAAUCACCUGGUACAAUAACAUGAAACAGAAGGUGGGUGAUACACCCCAAAAGUACGUCCUUCAGCAAGCUGCAGCCUGGUUGAAUCUGACAGUACGGGAGACAGACAGCAUGGUGGACAGUGGACAGUACUGGUGCUCUGCUGCUAAUGCUGUUGGAGGAGCAGAGAUCCCCAUUUUGCUCAUGGUGAUGAAGUACCCCAUUCCUCCGAAUGUGACCAUCAGUAAGAUCUUAUACAUCAGCCAUCAGAGGACAGAUGUUAUCAUUGAGUGGCAGAUCAAGACAGACAUGAACCUCACUGGGUUCUUCAUCGAGCGUCAGAGGCUCCCGGGAUCUGCUGGACAGAGUGAAGAUGUUCUUCUCUGGCAGAGAGUGGUGUCAGAUCUGGAGCCCAGUACCCGCAGCUACCAGAUCACAAGUUUGGAUCCUGCUGGCAAAUAUGUGUUCCGUGUGACUGCUGUCAAUCACCGCACUACAGGAUAUCCCUCACAGGUCAAGAGCCCAGCUAACCCACCAUUCAAGGCUUAUCCUGCUGUCAUUGGAGCAGCUAUAGGCGGAAUGCUGUUAGCUACUUUAGCGACUGUGCUGCUGUUUGUGUAUCUACUGCGGAAUCGCAACACCAACCCUCGUCUUCAUGACAUGAUAUUUGGCAGGCAGAACAGUCGGUCUAGAGAAAAUAUAAACUUUCCAGAGGACGAGGUAGUUGGAGGAGAACAAGAGGCACAUAAAACAGAGACAAAUACAGGGUUGGAGAUUUCAGACCCUGGACAAGUCGUCUACAAAGACACCAAAAUUUCGGCUGUGGUGGAACAGGAAGUCGUCCUGGAGUGCGGCCUAAGCCUCCCCGAUAUCUACAUCUGGAGCUUCACCAAACCAGGCACCGAAACAAUCCGAGCCUUGUUGUAUGACUUCGGAAAGGGUCCAAAGCUGCAGCAGCUCGCCAAGGAUCUGGGGGACCUAAAGAUCAUCAGUGAUAGUGCCUCUUUGUCCAUGAAGGAGCUGCCCACAGCUGCAGAGGGUUUGUACACCUGCCAGGCCUUGUACGACUCUGCUGAUGGAGCCAAACUUUACUACUAUUAUGUGUAUCUACGGGUUCUAGGUAAGAGACAUGCUAGGUUAUAA